AUGAUCGCUUUCCUUCUGCUUCUCCUUUGCGGGCUUCAGGGAACGGUGCUCGCUCUGCGCGGAUAUUGCACCGCGAGUCAGUGUUACGCGAUUUUUUUGGGAGCAACAAACUUCAAGGGAGCGCAGAAUAAGUGCCAAGAUUUUAAUGGGAACUUGUUGUUGUUCCUCGACGUGGAGGAGCAGGGGCAUUUACUAACCGAUUUGAGGGGGAGUUUUUGGUACGGCUCUCCCGAGGCAAAUGUCCAAAACUGCACUUCAUUCUCCGUUUGGGAAGGAGAAAACGUGACGACCCAUACGAUCCCGUGUGGCAACCAGCUUGAUGGUUACUUUUGCCAGUACCCAAAUGCGGAUCCUUGUGGAGCCAUCCCUGGUGGAGCAGACGCCCAGGUGAUGUACACGGCCCCGAUGGGCUUUGUUAUGAACACUUCGCGUCACUUCCCUGUCGGAACACUCGCAUUAGCGCAAAAGACACCCCGUUACCCGGAUGCUAAGUAUUUGUGUUUCGAAUCAAGUUGGCUGAAAGCUCCGUGGAACUGCGAGGUGUUGGACGGAGGCUGCGAGCAAAGCUGCAACUCCACAUCUGGCACCUGCGCGUGCCCGCAUGGCGUCUAUCUCCACGCCAACCUCAUCAGCUGCAGCGAUGACCCGUGUGACCGUUGCGCGCACAAGUGUCACCGCCCCACGCGCGCCUGCGAUUGCCACGCCGGCUACGAACUGGAUCCGGAUGGGAAAAGCUGCGUGGAUGUGGACGAGUGCGAAGAGAUGGACGUUUGCGUGGAUGAGAGCGAGGAGUGCGUGAACAUUCCAGGUCAUUUCAAGUGCACCUGCAGAGAUGGGUUCGAUUUAGAAGAAGGCAAGUGCGUGGAUGUCAGGAUCUGUGCGAAAUGUGAGCACAUGAAGUGCGUGAAAUCCAACGGUGUGUAUGCGUGUGAGUGUGGCGAGGGGUUUAAAGUGUCACCACAAGACCCCACUAAAUGUGUGAUGUACUGCGACCAGCAGGACUGCCUGGCUAAUUGCAUCUCAAAUCCUGACUUGGAGGAGAGGGACAUGCAUCAGUGCUUCUGUCCUGAUGGCUACAUCAAUGACAUCCGCAACAAAACUGCCUAUUGCACUGACAUCAAUGAAUGUGAGAUCCAGGCGCAGUGUGAACACAAUUGUGAAAAUCUAUUUGGGAGCUUCGUGUGUUCAUGUAAUGAGGGAUACGAGCUGUUUGACGAGUACAUGUGCGUGCACCCAGAUGAGCCCGAUUGGACCCCGUCGGAACCCGCGAAGCCCGAUCUACGUCCGGCCACCCUGCCGUCUUAUGUAAAAGCAGGCAGCAUACUUGGAAUUAUUGUGUUCGUGUUGCUUUGCCUGGUGCUGCUCUACUUCCUUAUCAGGAAUUUGGCCAAACGUUGUGGCAGUCUUGAGCUUGCAUCCCUCAAGGGCCCCGAUAUGGAUAUUUUUUACCUGCAGCAAGUCACCACGGAGACAUACAAGCGGUUAUCUUUUGACAAACAGUCGCGAUGUGACUCGCAAAGACUUUAA